UUUGCGACAUCGCUAGUCCCGCCUUUCGGCCACUCCUGAGUUGGCUUUACGAGUUUCAUGCUCCCUCCGCUCGUACUCGGUUGUCGGGGGAGGUAUUUUUCUGACUACCUUUUGUGUUCUGUCUCCCCGACCCUUAAAAUUCUCUUCAGGAAAAUCGGGACUGCUGCAGUUUCACCCUCUACUACUCCUGAGCUACACUGAAGUCUCCAGCUAUGCUACUACCUUCAUCACUCCUACUCCUCCUGGGCCUCCUCACUUGGAGUCCCAGUGUGACAAGAGCUGCUAAAGUAAUUGUGGUUCCACCCAUCAUGUUUGAAUCGCACCUCUACAUCUUCAAGACGCUGGCAACAGCUCUACACAAGGAGGGCCACGAGACCCAUUUUCUAGUUUCAGAAGGUCGUGAGGUCCCGCCCUCUCCUCACUACCAUUUACAGCGCUAUCCAGGGAUCUUUAACAGCACCACAGCUGACAAUUUUCUCCAAUCCAAAGUCACCAACAUCUUCUCAGGCCGCCUGACAUUUCUCGAACUGUUUGACAUUCUUGACCACUACUCUCAGAACUGUGAUGCUGUUGUUGGCAGCACUGAAGUAAUGAACCGCCUGAAAGAGGCCAAGUUUGACCUGCUGCUAGUGGACCCCAAUGAAAUGUGCGGUUUUGUGAUUGCUCAUAUCCUGGGUGUGCAAUAUGCUGUGUUUAGCACAGGCCUGUGGUACCCUGCAGAGGUUGGAGCACCAGCCCCACUAUCAUACGUACCGGAAUUCAACUCGCUGCUGACUGAUCGCAUGUCCUUGAUGCAGAGGAUCGCAAACACAGCUGUUUACCUGGUGCAGCGCUUUGGAGUCCAUUAUAUUGCACUGCCCAAGUAUGACCGGAUUAUGAAGAAACAUGGAGUAAAGCCUCAAGUGGCCAUGGCUGACCUGGUGCAGGGAAGUCGGCUGUGGAUGCUAUGCACUGACAUGGCUCUGGAAUUCCCUAGGCCCACCCUUCCGCAUGUGGUAUACAUAGGGGGCAUCCUCACUGAGCCUCCCAACCCACUGCCACAGGAUUUUGAGGAAUGGGUGAAAGACACAGCGGAGCAUGGCUUUGUAGUUGUGUCGUUUGGAGCUGGAGUAAAAUACCUUUCCAGUGACAUUGCUCGCAAACUGGCAGGAGCCCUCGCCAGGCUGCCCCAACGUGUCAUCUGGAGAUUUUCUGGUGUGCCACCCAGUAACCUUGGAAACAACACCAAACUUGUUGAUUGGAUGCCUCAGAAUGACUUAUUAGGCCACCCUAACACAAGGGCGUUCCUGAGCCACGGGGGCUUGAAUAGCAUCUAUGAAGCCAUGUAUCAUGGUGUUCCGGUGGUAGGUGUACCUCUUUUUGGAGACCAUUAUGAUACUAUGACGCGCGUAGCAGCCAAAGGGAUGGGAAUCAUGUUGCACUGGAGAUACAUGACAGAGGAAGACCUCUUUACAGCCCUGACCAGCGUCAUCAAAGACACCAGGUACCGCCAGCAAGCACGCUAUCUCUCCAAUAUUCACAAAGAUCAACCAGGCCACCCUGUGACCAGGGCUGUUUACUGGAUCAGCUAUAUUCUCCGUCACAACGGCGCCAGCCACCUGCGCUCAGCUGUAUACGAGGUGUCCCCCUACCAGUAUUUCCUGCUGGAUGUCAUCUUUACUGUAGGGGCUGCCUUGGCUCUAACAGUCUUUGCCCUGCGGCGGUUGGCACGAUUGCUGAGGGGUAAGGCCAGGGACCACAGCAGAGGAGAUAACAUCAGAGAUGAUGGCAGCAUGGCCAAUGGACAUUGCCAUAAUGAGAACAUGGCCAAUGGGAAACACAAACGCAAUGGCUCCUUAAAAAAUGAAAAGAAGAUCAAUUGAAGCUAUGAAGGGUUAGGAGGGAUGAGGAAGAAGUUGCCCUAAGGACUCAGCUCUAGCAUUGGUUCAGUGGUUUUAUGAAAUUUUGGAAAGAAGGCUGUUCUUAGAUCUGCGUCAAUUGGCAACUGCUACUCAGAACAAGCAAGAGGCUGCGGGAGGAUACACAAUGCGUCAUGUGAGGACAGAGCAAGACAUCGGGUGCUCAAAAUGUGUGUGUGUGAACACGGGUGAAUGUGUAUGUGUGUGUAAUUAGGUGAAUUUAACAAAAAUGUAACAGCAGCAGCAGCUGUAGCAAAACAACAUUAAAUUGGGAAUUCUUUGAGGAUGAAACACAGGAAAGACAUAUUUGGGGACAUUGUUUCUACAUGUGUCUUCUUUCCUGCACGUUCUCUGUCUUCCUGACUUCCUUACCAGUGGAAGGAUGAUGAAGCAGGGAAAUGUUGCGCGCCAACCCACUCCUCUUCAAAAGAAAAAAAAAAAUUCAUAGCUUUUGAAAAUUUAGCAUUUAAUGGUUCUAACUGCAAACUCCGAGUGUUUGGUAAAUUGUACAUAGAGGGUAAAGCUAUUUAUUACUGUACAAAUGCAUUUUAAGGAUUGAAGUUCGUAACAUAUUUUAUUUUUAAUUUAUUUCAUAUCUCAGUGGUGUGACAGCACCAUGCACACUGUUUUCUAAGCCCACAUCUGCACGUCACCCUUGUCCAUCAUAGUGAUGAAACAAAGAGAGAGCUGAUGGUAGCAAUCAUUUUAAGUAUCCACCCGUCUGUGCUUUCUUUACUUGCAUCAUCCACAGCAUGUACUGUUGUCAUUAGACUCGCCAGUUUGUUAAUGCACUGUUUUCCCUUUUCACAAGGUGGUGCCAACUUGUGACUGCACUUAGCUGUGCCGUCUUUGCAUUAUCUGCUGACUGACUUUUGUUCUGGUAGAGAACAACUCUGCUGAACUCUCUUUGGCUUUUCCUUGUGAAAAGGAGAUCAUGUUUUUGCAGUAAUGAUAACUACUGGGGAUACUCUGGAUAGGCAAAGCCAGAUUGGAAGUCUACUUAAGAUUUUUUAGAGAAGGGAUGAGUCUGAACAUUACUUACCCUCAUGAUUAGAUGCUUCCUCGGCCACGUAUCUUAAUUCUACAUCCCUCGUCAUUUUAUAACUUGGUAAAGAUUUAGUACUUGAAUGUCAUUUUCAGUGCUAUCCUUCACCGUGUACAUAAUUCAUCUGUGAUUUAGUUGGUAAUCAUUUGUUAAUAAAUGUUUCAAUUCUAAUGUGUUGCAAGUGUUUUUAAAUUCAGGUAGAUUUCCUUUCAGUGCUUCACUUCUGUAAGUCUGUUAGAAAUGCUGUUGAGGUUUAUGUGCAAACUUACCUCCUGUAAUUAUAUUAAUCCUGAGUGUCUGUUUUUCACAUUCUGCGCACAGAUAUGUGUGUAUGCAGUGCGCUUGAAUAACAGUGUGUAUGUGUGGUUGUUUCAGACCAGAAUGGGUGAAUGAGUGAAACACAACAAAUGAGGUACAAGCGGCCCACUGACAGUCGUGUGGCUUCUUAUGUCCAUAAACUCUGGUCAUAUACAGCUUUUGCACAGUGACACAGUUUUCAGAAUUUUUGCUUUGUACACCACACCAAUAGAUCUGAGAUGAAACUAUCAAUAUCAAACUAUCAAUAUCAAGUGAAGUGGAGACGUUUUAAUUCUGAAUCUGAGCAGAAAGUAAACCUCUAUAGACUUGACACUUCAUCCAGCUGCUUCUGUCACCUCAUCAAUAAAUGCUUGUGACCCAGAGCCACUGGAAACCGCUCACGCCCAUUCAUCGCGUUAGCUUCACUGUGCUAUGCUGUAGAUUAUAGGCUAUAGAUUGGUUGCUGUCCCAAAUAUCCUUUUAUGCUUUUGUUUUUCUUUCCAUCAAAGGCUGAUACGAGUUUCAUCUGACUAAAGAAUGCUGUUCCAGAACCGGUCUGACUUUUCUGAUUCAAGUAUUCACAUUGUGACACCACAUCCCUGCUUCAUGGAGAGUUUUCUUUCUUUCUUUUUUUUUUUUACUUGAUUGAAGCUUAUGAAGUUUGUUUUUUUCUUAUUAUUGUUAUUGUUGAAAGGAUCCUGGGAUCAUACAUCACUAUUGCCCCCAUUUAACAUCUAGACUUGCUUUGUUUUAGGAGCCUGAGGGGAGGCCCUUGUAUCAGUUGUAUUGCGAUUACCUUUGACCACACUUCACAUCUAUGGUUUCCAAAUGCAAAUUCCACACAUGAAAUCUACUCGAGACUUUUUACCUGCUACAUUUAUGGAGGAGAAAAAAAGAAGCAAAUAAGAAGUUCAUACUCAUUAUUUUUAAUUAUAUUCCAGCCCUUUAAAAUAAGAGACUGUAUAAAAAAUGGUUUUAAUUCCUCAGUGGUACCUGCAGUAUUUUUGUUUAACCCUAUGAUUAUUAAAUGUCUGCACUUGAGUUGAAUCUUGAUUAUUUUAAAUCCAUUGUGGUGUACAUAGAGAGUCAGAACAACACAAAACUGUGUCUCUGGACAUAACUGUAUAUGGCCUAACUGUUAUCCCUAUUUUACACUUAAAAUCUUGUCACAAUGUCCUCUAAUUGUAAAUGCUGAUAGAGGAUGGAUAUUUGAAAAGCAAAAAGACUGGCACAGUUCAGGCAAUAAAGAUGAACUGUUCAUUACAGUGAAUAUUAAUGUGUCAAAGUGAUAACUGUCCCUGUGGUGGAAUUACAAGGCCAGCUGAAGAUCAUCUUUAGAGUCUGUGGGGUUUCAUUAUCUUUCUGAUUUGUAUUUUAGAAGGUGCUCAUGGGCAUGGGAAAAAAAAUCUGGGCUUUUUUUGUAAUAUAGACAAAGCAUCUAAUUUUUAAAGUUGCAAAUGACUCCAUGAUGGGAUCCCAGCAGAGAGACUCUUUACCAACAACAACCAACAACAAUGUAAAAGAAAAUGUAACUAGUUAAAGUUUUUAAGAACUUAACAUCCAACCAAUAUGUUCAUGAAUACUACAUUUCAGAAAAUUUUAAUCAUCUUCCUUUCUCUGUGAGCUAGAACAGCACUUGCACAGCCUAACCCAGCCCUACCAAAAACAGGGACUAUAUUUGAAUUGUCAUCACUGAUGAGUGUGGCUGACAGGUCUGCUGGUGCUAUACAAGCUAUGAACGGGAUCUGAAGAGACAAAAUGUUUGUGGUCUUUUUUUUUUUUUUUGGUUUUUCAGUAUUAAUGUUAUAGCCUACAUACUUACAUGCCCAUACUCUGUUUCAGUACAUCUAAUGCAGUUGAGUAUGUCUGUUCUUGUGAUGUCUGUGUUUUACCUGCUUGAAUAACUGAUCAUUUUUGUCUUCUGAAGUGCACUAGCUUGUUCCUUUUGUCCACGUCCUUGUCUUCCACUUUUCUUCCUGGUGUAUUCUGUCUUGCUAUUCUUGUCUUUUUCUUCCUUCUCCCAUUUAUAUAUUUCCUGUCCUUACUUUACUGCAAUUAGUUCAACAUUAUUUUACUUUAAUUUUAAAUUGAAAAAAAAAAAGUCCUUAGUUUUUCUGUCA